UAAUUCUCAAUAAUUAAAAACAAAGCUAAAAAAUAAUUAAGAAUUUAUAGAGUAAGGAGAAAUGAUAAUUAGUUUACGCAUCGUUAUAUGUGUAAGCUUACCAAUUAUUGUAGGAGUAGCUCUCUCUAUAUACAUCUAGUACACGCUAUUACUCAGCUCUCUUAUGGAUUGGAUUUAUCAUAGUAAUGGAUUGUAUCAAUUCAAAAGCAAAGCUUGUAUAAUUUUGUUUUUUGUAAUGCAUAUCUCUCUGAGGCAUAAUUAAAUUAAUUAGUAAAUUAUAUGGAUACGAUGCAAAGUCUUUAUAAUAAAUUCAAUGCAAAUAAAGUUAAGUUAAAAGUAUAAAAUUUCAGACCUGUGUAGUGCUCAAUGGGUAAUUAUGAUUUAAAAAAAUGCAAAGACUAUUAAAUGAAAGAAUAAAAAAAAAAUUUUAUAUAUCUGGAGCAGUGGUUUCAUAGAGAGAUACUUGAUUAUGAAAAUUUACCAUAUCAAUAAUAGAAUUUACUCUAAAUGAACUGGAGAUUUGUAUUUUUUCCUAAGAGCGUUUAAACUUCUUUAGCCGAUGGAUUAGUCAAACCUUCUUUUUAUUUUAAUUCAUUUAAUUCAUCUUUAAUGGCAGUUACUCCAUCCAGGGUUUAAAACUAUGGAGGUUCAAGCUAUAUGAAUUGUAUUCCAGGAAAACAUCUUUUAAAUUUUGAUCCAAGAUGUAGGGGCUGGUAUUAGCUUGCGAUGUAAAAUAAAGGGAUUACUUUUUUCAGUCCAUACUUGCAAAUAUCUUCGUUCACCAUUGGAAUAACUAUUUCUUAAAGGUUUGAUGAUGCUGAUGACAAUAACCUCUCUGUGUACAGCUUUAAUUUAGAUAUAACUAACUUGGCUGAUAGAUACUUUAAAGAUUAAGAUACUUUAGAUUAAAACUCCCUUAUGGAAGGCUAUACUGUUUUCUUUCAUAAGGAUACCCAUACAAUAUUUUACCACAAAAAUUGGGAUAGAAGCAAUGGAAUAUUAAAUACAUGGGAAUAAGUAGAAUAUAAUAGAACACUUUUCUAGUUUGACGACUCUUAGGCUUAAAAUUUUUAAAGUAAUUUGCAAAAAAUCAUAGAUGAAGAUUUAGACAUAAGUGAAAUUAACUAUUAUUUUAACUCCAGCUCAGAUAGUAAUAUUUUAUAUUUUGAAAAAGACUAAAAUAAAUAUAUUGCUUUGAUAAUUCCUAUUAAGGUAACCAGCAGGAUCAAUGCUUAUUAAUCAAAUAAAUUGAAAGAAUAAAAACCAUUUUAUAUUGGUAGAGUUCACACUGAUAUCAGUGAUUUAAUAUACUAAGCUAAUUUUUAUUUUUUUGGUAUAUUUAAAAAACUAUGCAUUAUUGAAGUUUGUAUCAUAUUAGUUAUCCUUCUUAUAUCUCUUAUUCACUACUUUGCUGUAUUAUUUCAUAUCAUUGAUAUGCCAAUAUAGUUUUUGUGUUUGUUUUUAAAGCAAUUCCAUAUUAGAGAUAGUGGUAUUGAAAAAUAACGUGUUUAAAAGGCAAAUAGUAAUUUUUCUGCCACAAGAUUUUUAAGCAGAGCUUUCACUAGUCAUGAAAAUAAUAGUGAACCUUAAGUCACAUAGAGAAUUUAGGUGGGAUCCUAUAAAAAGAUUUUGUUAGCGCAUUAAAUAGAAUAAUAAAAAACAUUUACUCCUUAAACAAGAUAAAAAACUAUUACUUUUUAUGAGGAAAGUCCAAAAGCUUCUGCAGAUUAGUUAAAAAGUAAGAGAAAUAAAAGUUUUUUUAAUUUUCAUCAUGACUAAUAAAGUUAAUAAAGGAUAUCUGCAUUUAAAUUAAAAGUAAAUGAGGAAAAAAAUAAAAAUGGUAUAAAUGAUGCUCAUAAUGGUGAUGAUAAAUAGUGCCAAACUACUCCAAAUAGAGUAAAUAAAUUAGAAGAAGUUUAAUAUUUAAUACAAUCAGUAAAUGAAAUAGAAUAAUCAAAAUUAAUUAAUCGUCAGCAUUCUCAAUCAAAUGCGACUAUACAAAAUAAUCUCGGCAUCAUAUUCAGCGAGGUUGAUGAUAAAAUUGAUUAAAAAAGUAUUAAUGGUAAUGAUUAACAAGAAUUAGAUUUAAAAUAAAUGGAUUAUACAUUCCUAGAAAUGAAAAUUAUCUAAGAAGCAUUCUUACAACUUUAAUAGGUUAUUUAAUUAGCUAAAUAAGAGUCUAGCUAAGGAAAUAUAGAAGCUUCUAUUAUUAAUUUCUGUGUUGUUAAGAACAUUUUUGUGAAAAUAAAAAAUUUUUAGUAAGUCAGUUUUUGCUAUUACAAUCUAGGUAUUCUAUGCAUAAGAAAAGGCGAUUUUCUAAAAGCUGUAGAAUAUUUGGAGUCUUCCAUUUAUAAUAAUUUGCUAUCUCAAAAUUAUGGUGUAAACACAAUCUAAGAAUUUGCAGAAAAGCUGCAACACAUUAAUUUUUAAAAAGAUUAUAAUAGUUUAUAGAAUUACCAAUAGUUGUCUACUAAAAUUUGUAUUUUGGUUUAUGCUUUAAGAAACAUUACUUUCCAACCUAAUUGCUCAAGAAAAAAUAAAUCCAUCUAUUUAAAAAAGGGGAUAUAUUAUUCCUAAAUUUGUAAUAAAAUGCUUAAAACUUUUUUUCAUUCUAAUCUGCACCCUAGUUUACACAUAAAUUAUAUAUUGUUAUGCUCUCUUCAUAUUGAUUUAGGUUUUAUAAAUCAAGCUGCUAAAUAUUUAUUCAAAGCCCAUAAAAUUUGGAAUCUAUAUAAAGGAGAUACAGAUUAUGAUGUUAAAACAUUGGACUAGUUAUUACUCAACUUUGAGAAAAGUUUCUAAAUGUAAAAUGAAGACGUUGCUUUUUUAUAGCUGCAAUAAAAUUACCUUAAAAUAUAAAAUAAUAAUAAUAAUACAGUUCCACAAGAUUUGUUUAUUCACUAAGUUUUUCCUUAGAGUGUAAUAGAAACUCUAAAAUUUAUGAAUUUAGCUAGAAUAUAUUUAAAAUUUAAUAAAAAGUUUGAAGGCUGCUAAAUUCUUACAAGAGUAAUAGAAUAUGGGUAAAUUUUUGAUCCUCAUACAAGGCUUGAAGCUUUAACCUACUUAAAUGAAAAUUUUUAAAAUAUGAAUUUAGAUAAUUUAUUGAUAUAAAAUGAAAUUGUAAAAUAUAGAGGAGACCCACUUAAUAUUUUUAUCAUUUUGCAAUGCCCUACUUCCUACAAAGAUUACAGCAAUUAAAUCAAAUAUUAUUUGUCAUUCAUUUAAAAUCUUUACAACAAUUUUAUUCAUUUAGAUGAUAAAGUAUAAGUAUUUUAAUUUUCUGAUUAAAUUGUCUCUUUAAAUAAUCUAAGUCCUAUUUAAACAUAGAACCAUUUGUAUCAUCUUUUAUUUUAAAUUAAGGAUCAUAUUAUUUAGUAAUUAAACAAUAAAUUUGAUGACAGCAUAUAUGAUGAUUAAACUGUUGAUUACAGUGAAGUAAAUGUUAUUAAUUGGACUUAAGCCCUAAGACAUGUAAUUUACAACAACAUAUAUGGGAAAAAUCUUCUGCUUAAAUCUUAUUUGUAAGAUAAUUUUAAAAUAUCCAAAAGUGAAACCACUUCUAAUUAAAAUAUUUUAGAUUAAUAAAAAAUUGUAAAUAAUUAAAAAUAAUAAGAUAAUUAUGAUUAAAUAUAAUAAAAUAGUUUUGAUUAAUAACAAUCUAAUUAAGAAAAAAUUGAAUAUUAUAGUAAUACUAGGAUUAUUAUUGAAGAGAAUUUAAAAUAAAUUAAUAAUGAUCACAGUUCAAUUUUAGAUUUGUAAUUAAUUUAACCAGAAUAUAGAAAAAGAUAGGACAUUAUUAUCAUUGUAUCAGAUGAGGAAGAAGAAUUAAAUAAUUAUGAUAGCUAUGUAAAUCCGUUUCAAGGUCUUCCUGAAGAAUUUAUCCCAACAACAUUUCAUUACCAAAGGAAUAUUUUUAAUGAAUAAAACAAUUUCCUAAACCAAGAUUGCUCAAUAAAAAAUUUAGAUAAAUCAUAAAAUGAUAAUACAGCAUUUUAAUUUCAGUUUUAAUGUGAAAAUCAUAAAUAUAAUAAACAUUCUAAUUUCAAUUAAUUUUUUAAGGACAUCCUUUCUUACAGAAUCUUUUAAAAACAAUAACAUUUCUGA